CCAGUCUGUCAGUUGAGUGUGUGGAGUUUUGGUGUGAGAGCAAGAGGGAGAGGUGUAUCAUGUAGUAAGAGACAUGGUAUGUAAAGAGUCAGGGUUUACUUCACACCUCCUUAAAUUUAUAUAUAUGUGUGUGUGUGUGCUGAGGAAUGGGUCCAUCCAAGUUAGAUGUCUGGAUGAAUUUUCUCAUCCAUCCCCGAGAUAGUAGCUUUUGAAGGAGCUCUGUCAGUGUUUGUGUGUGUGUUUGUGUAGUUCCUAUAUGUAGAGUGAGCACACCGUGUCUUUCCUCCUCUGUGAGAGAGGAGCAGGAUGAGCCUGAGGAAGAGGCUCUCCUUCAAGCGGGUCUGGAACUUCAAUACAUCGGCCGCAGUCUCCGAUGGAGAGCUGAACAGCGUGGAGCUGCAGGGCUGCAGCAGCGACAACAGUCUGAACAGUAACGCCAGCCUGCCCAGUGUCCAGAGCCACCGGCGCCACACAGAGAGGAGAGUGGCCAGCUGGGCUGUCUGCUUCGAGAGGCUGCUGCAGGAUCCAGUGGGAGUCCGCUACUUCUCGGAGUUCUUAAAGAAGGAGUUCAGCGAGGAGAAUAUCCUGUUUUGGCAGGCCUGUGAGUUCUUCAGCCACAUCCCGGAGAAUGACAAGAAGCAGCUCUCUCAGCGUGCCAGGGAGAUCUAUAACAGCUUCCUGUCCAGUAAAGCCACCACACCUGUCAACAUAGACAGUCAGGCUCAGCUCGCCGAUGACAUCCUCAACGCUCCCCGACCUGACAUGUUCAAGGAGCAGCAACUGCAGAUCUUUAACCUGAUGAAGUUUGACAGCUACACCCGCUUCCUCAAGUCUUUGCUGUACCAGGAGUGUAUGCUGGCGGAGGUGGAGGGCAGGCCUCUGCCUGACCCUUACCACAUCCCCAGCAGUCCCACCUCCAAGCACAGCACCACCGGCUCCGACCGCUCCAACCUCUCUACGCCCAAGAAGGAGGACAAAAAGAGCAAAUCUGGUCGGUCUUUGAAUGACGACAGCAGGGACGACUCGGGGGACCGGAGGAAAGGCAUGUUCUUCUCCUGGUCCCGCAACAGGAGCUUCGGCAAAGGCCCCAAGAAGCGGGAGUUGGCUGACUUCAACUACAAUUUCUCUGGCAGUAAUGGUCGGCGUGAAUCACAGGGUUCCUUGUCAUCGGGAGCCAGUCUGGAGCUGGGGCCAGCAGGAUCAGCGAGGAAUGAGGGUGAUGUUCCCCGAGGUGCAGUAACAGUGUCAUCUGAGCGCGGAGGAGGCAGCGCCCCCUUGAGGCAGUGUAACAUAAGCUUGCCGGACGGCUCAUGUUGUCCCGUGCCGCUGAGGUCUGGCGUGUCCAUCAGGGACUUACUCCUGGGCCUUUGUGAGAAGCUCUGCAUCAACUUGGCAGCUAUAGACCUCUUUCUGGUUGGAGGGGAGAAGCCACUUGUUUUGGACCAAGACUGUAUGACAUUAUGCUCUCGGGACCUCAGACUAGAGAAACGCACACUCUUCAGACUCGACUUAGUCCCUAUCAACCGGUCUGUGGGCCUGAAAGCUAAACCCACCAAGCCAGUGACAGAAGUCCUCAGGCCUGUGGUUGCCAAAUACGGCCUGCACCUCUCUGACUUGGUAGCACGCAUCAGUGGGGAGUCAGAACCUUUAGAUUUAGGUCUUCCUAUAUCCAACCUGGACGGGCUGCGUGUGGUGUUAGAUUCAGCAGAACACACUCCUGGAAAGGCGGACAAACAGAAAGUAGGUCCGUCUAAGAAUCUCUUCUCAGCCUCGACAAGUAGAAACCAGUCGACAACAGGGGAGGACAGGUCAUCAGGGAAAACAGGUUCAGCCCACCCCCGUGGGGAAAAUGGCAAGGCCAGGCAAGGCCCUGACCCAAGAGGCCUGGUCUUACCCAACCACUCUGUCUCUCCGCACAAGGCUCCGGAAAAAAGAAAGCAGAAAAAGAUUAAUAUAGACGAAGCUGAAGAAUUCUUCGACCUCAUUUCCAAAGCUCAGAGCAACCGAGCAGACGACCAGAGAGGCCUGCUAAACAAAAGCGACCUGCAGCUUCCAGACUUUCUGCGCCUGUCGCCAGUGGCAACUAACCAGGCUGCACCUCCUCCCUAUGACCCCGAGCCCAGUUGCUCCACCCCUAAUUCCCGUCAUCCAAACAACGGCAGCUUCCCUAGCAGCGGUCGCCGGGGCAAUAAGACAAACAUCAAUGAUCGAGGUGGAGGCGGCUGCGGUGGAGGCGGCACCCACUUGCUCAGCGCGAGCCAUCAGUCCCAGAGUUUGGACUCUGCACUGGGCACUGAGAGUGGACAGGGGAGGAAAUCCAGACCACUCCCACCGUUCCCUGGCACCGUCUCCCCCAUCCACCCCCAGUCUAGCAGAGGAGAACCGGUCCAGAUGCCAGAGGAGGACACACUGUCUGAUCUGACUCUGGUAGGAGAGGGGGACAUCAACAGUCCCAGCCUCAACUACGUCACUCCCUCAGCCCUUCCCUGCAAACCCCGACCCCAACAGCAAGCGCAGGACGGUCGGCCGAGCUCAGGUACCUUUCCAGUGUGAAACUUCUGAACUUUCUCCUCUGCCCUUCACCUGACUGCAAGCGGGUUUGGAGAGCGACCCCCCCUGAAGUCAGUCUGAAGAUCCUUGUCGGCCACUCGUCUGUCUGUGGCUGAAUGCAUCCACAUCUCCUCUGUUGCCUCAUCAGUGCCACAACAUUCACUUCACCACGUCACAUAUUUCUAAAUAGUGUAAAUAUACAAUAACUAAUGUAAAAUACCAUACAACAACAACAAUAAUAAUAAUAAAAAAACAACGAGUGUUCAUAUAAUUUAUCAUUGGAUAUAGUGAUAUAUCAGUGGAGAUACAGUAUAGUUGUUAAUAUUGUAACAUGUGCCAGCGUGUACUGUGACACAGAGUGAGAGAAGAGGAAAAAUGGAUGCAUGAGGUUUGAAGAGAGUUUUUUGGAAUUUCCCCGCAUGGUGUGUAUCUGUGUGAACUCUCGAGAGGACUUGCUGUGGAUUUGUCUUUGGAGGCGUAAACCGAACGGACAAGCUCAGGAUGAAAAUGGUGAUGACCAGUGCCAAACACCCCCUCCCCCCACUGUGUACAGAAUCUAUCAAUGCACUUUAGCCAAUUCCAUUCAUCAUGUUCGUAAGAUUUUUAUCCAAUUUAAAAAUCAAAUCAAAUUUGAUUUGAAUUCAGUCACUUAAGUAACCCCCUCAGGAGGUCGGUUUCCAUGCAGCAGGUGGUUUAGUAAAACGCUAAAAUGACGUCUGCUUCUCUUCCGUCGUGUGUGAUGGAGGCUACAGUGCUGCUCCUGCCAGUGGAUCAUCGUGUGUUUAUUUACAACUCAUUAAUGAUGUUUUUGAGCUCACCGCGCACACACACACACACACACUGACACAGUGGGGCCCGGGCCCCAUAAAUACAAGCAGGAACACAGCGUUUAUUGCUCAGCUGUUGUUUAUCGUAUCAAACACAGGACAUUCUGUGUUUGCACCUCUGUUUCUCUAUAGACUAUAAAUACACACACACACACACACACAGUACACGCUUGCUCUGUGAAGAAACAAAAGGUCCACAAACAUCUGCACCCAGGAGUACAUGUACAACUUGUCUUCAUCUUUUCCAUAUUCCUUGCUUUCUUGCCACAUUCCAGCAGUUUGUUUUUAGCCGAGGAAUUGGACGCACCGUGUCGGAACUGUUUCAAGUUUUAAAAGGUUUUUACUGUUACUUUAAUCUGUGCUAUUCUUCUCAAGAGAACAUUAAUUUAUCCCACGUCCUUUCCAUUUUUACGCUCAGUUAAAAAGUAUUAACUUUUGUACAUAGUCUACGUUGUGGAAACGGCCGCCGUCGUUGUUGUAGUCGUUUUGUGAAAUUGCAAGGCAGCCACGCUGCUCCUUCAGUUGUGUCACAGUAGAAAUGAAUUCUCCUCUGUUCAGUUGACUGUACUGUCUGUAAAUAGAUCAAAUAAAUGUUUCAGAGAUAUAACUCGCGCCAUAGA